AUGAUAUUGUUAGCUCAGGUGUCAUCCAUAAACCGAGUCCUCCGAAAUCUAGCAGCCCAAAAAGAGAAGUCCACUUCACAGCAGCCGCCAUCGGACUGUUCCACACCAGUUUACGAUAGGCUGCGGCUACUUGGCACACCAGGGUCCACUCCAAGUUGGCCGAGAGCUCCUUGGCCUACGCAAAUUGACACCCGCAGUCCGUACCAACUCCACAACUUGAGUCCUGGACCGCAGGCUAUAGGCUGUAAUGGAGAUAUUCCGGUUAUGAAGAAAGGCGAAGAAACCUUAGAAGGUAUAGAAGGUUUGAAUUCAGAUGAAACGGGUUCGGGAGACAACUCGAACGCGGGUUCGAGCGGCGCAGACGACGACGCGGCAAGACUGCGUCUCAAGCGCAAGCUGCAGCGGAACCGCACCAGCUUCACUAACGAGCAGAUUGAUAGCUUGGAGAGAGAAUUCGAAAGAACCCACUACCCCGAUGUAUUCGCGAGAGAAAGACUCGCAGCUAAAAUUGGCCUUCCUGAAGCUAGGAUACAGGUGUGGUUCUCGAAUCGCCGCGCGAAGUGGCGUCGCGAGGAGAAGAUCCGCAGCCAACGCCGGAGCCCCGAGUGCUACGGGGCCCCAGCUCCCGCGCAGCCGGCGCCGCCACCGCUGCCCCCCGCGCCCGCGCCGCACCACCACACCCACCACACGCCGUAUCAGCCGCCUGUCAACGUUGAUACUUACAGUCCUCUAACACCCAUGGGCUACGGUGCAAGCAGUGGUAUGGUAUCAGACGCAUCGUUGUGUGAAGGCAGUGAAGCUGAUCUAUGCAAGAGCGGAUUCCUUGGAUAUCCUCGGUACGAGCUUGGAUAUCGGCAGCCCCAUCCCUAUGUCAACCAUGGCUACCAGCAUGAACCAGCAUCGCCGCCUCCAGAAUUAGGUGGUCUCCUUGGCGCGGGGGUAUCGGUACCUUUAGCAGUUCCAGGUCAAGAUUCGCAGCAGUACUGGUCUCGUCUACAGUGA